UGGUUGCAUCACCAUCGCUCGGAGGGCUGCACGGACAACGCGAUGGACGGCGCCGCUUACAACGGGCAUUUUGACAUCGUCCAAUGGCUGCAUCGGCACCGUUCCGAAGGCUGUUCCAUCGACGCCAUGCAUUUUGCUGCUGUCCACGGGCACUUCGAGGUCUUGCUAUUCUUACAUUCGCAGCGUACUGAAGGAUGCAGCAGCUACACGAUUGUAGAUGCCGCUGCGAGAGGUAACAACCACGUCGUUGCUUGGUUACGACAACACUGCCCUAACACAGAGGCUAUCAUAAUAAUAUAG